AUGGAGGAUCACAAAUCGCAAAUCGCAAAUGGAGCUUCUGAGAAGGAGAAGGCGCAAAUGGAUGAAGAUCGCAUAUCUUCAGAGAAGGAGAAUGCGUCGAUGGAAGGAGAAGGCAUCAAUGGUGAAAGCAGUGCUAGCCAAAGAGUUGAUGGCAUGCAAAAUACAUUACAAGAAGACUUGGAGUUGGAGAGACAAUUAAAACUUAUUAACAAGCCCCCUGUUAAAAGUAUUCAGACAAAAUUCGGAUAUAUUGUUGAUUGUAUUGAUAUCAAUAAGCAACCGGCAUUUGACCAUCCUUUACUAAAGAAUCAUAAGUUGCAGAGGAAACCGAGCAAUCAAAAAACGAUUGAAAAUUCCAAUUUGAGGAAUUCACCAUCUAAACCCAAAUUUGGGCUUGAAAAACCAUGUCCAAAAGGAACGGUUCCAAUUCGGAGGACAACAAAAAAUAAUCUUGUUCAAGCUAAAUCGUUACUAGAUAACCAAAUUUUGGCACAACAAGAUCCUACAUAUCGUACUCAUGUUGCUGAAGUAAACGUGUUGCCCCUUGCAAAAGGUUUUCAAGGUGUUAAUGGAACUUCUAGCGUUUGGCAACCAAUUGUUGAAAAAGAUCAAUCAAGCGCCGCUCUUACGUGGGUUCGAAAUGGACCAUUAAAUGCAACAAAUGAAAUUGUUGCUGGGUGGCAUGUGGCUCCACAAUUAUACAAUGGUGAUGUUGGAACUCAUUUGUUCGCACAGUGGACGGUAGAUACUUUCCAGAAAACAGGAUGCUACAAUGUACUAUGUUCAGGUUAUAUGCAAACUGACCAUAGCUAUUAUCUUGGUGGAAGUUUCCACUAUACAUCUGACCGGAAUAACAUUGUUCAGUUUCAAGUUGGGAUCACCCAGGAUCCAAUUACCAAAGAUUGGUGGUUAAAUGUGGAGAAUACAAAUAUUGGAUAUUUCCCAGCAGAAUUAUUCACUAACCUAGCAUCAGCAAAUCAAGUGGGAUGGGGUGGUGCAACAACAACUCAUGUCGGCACUCCUAGUCCUCCAAUGGGAUCUGGAUUAUUUCCGGACGAGGACAUGCAUGGGGCAAGCUAUUUUAGGUGGUUGUCGUUCAAGAAUGAAAACGAAUACACUGACAUAACAGGAUAUUCGACAGAAGCAUUUGCAGACAACCCCGAUUGCUAUUGGGCUAAAUUCUAUGGCUAUCACAAAAACAUUGGAUCUAUUCUUCAAUUUGGAGGACCUGGAGGCAAAUGUGACAAUUGA